GCUCACAUAAAUAACGAGGCCAGCCGGCUCAGUCUUUGGGGACCCAGAUGAAUUUAGCGGUUACGGGUUUUCCACGACCACGCUCGCUCCCAAGCACAUAAACUCGUAGGAAAUAAGAAAACAUGGUUGGAAACAGAAAACAAUCCAGAAGAAGAGCUACAGGGGUUGUCCGUAGACGUUGCUAUGCUAAGUGGAUGUUCUCAUAUAAUACACCGUACUACUCAGGUAGGUUUCUGUCUCCGCAGCCCGUGCUGCUUAGGCGAAACAACAGCCUGUCCGCGGAAUUCUGCCUGCCCAGGACAGGGUCCGUGGGCUGUUUCUUAUACAAGCGCCUUGCCUCCAGCUAGCUACCCAACAGUGUAGAGACCACCCUGGUCUCCCCGCAGGGUCCUGCGGCUCACAGCCAGCCAAUCGUUCACUUUUGAGUCUUUGAAGCUAGAGUGAUGACCAGACGUGAAUGCUUCCUGUGCUGACGGGAGGAACAAGCUCGCCUAGCCAAAAUAUCUUUUGUCUUUGAGGCUAUGGGCCUGCAAAGAGCCACUAGGUUUUAUUGGAGAGGCCAAAGUCUUGGCCUUGGCUUGCUCCCCGCAAGCCAGGGCGCCGCAGAUCAGCGGAUCGGGUCCUCUGCGAAGACGUGGAGGUCCCCCGGGUCUCUUUGUAAAUGAGCCCAGAGACUAAAGUCAGAAUGGCAGCUUAUUCUUAUAUACCUGAAUUGUGGACCCAUGCUUUUUGAAACAAAAAGAGUGUUUCAAGUGUUUUGUUUUAAUUAAAAAUUAUUUUCUCCUAAUUCAUCGAGGUCAUUUCAUUUUUACGUGAACAUUUUCAGUAACACAGUUAACACCGAUACGUGAUGUAAUGUUGAACGCUUGCUUUUUAAAAUAAACAUUUUAUGUGGAUUCAUUUACAUUUAAAGUAAAACAAAUUUACCUUCUCACUAUCCGAAUAAAGAUUUGACUUCAUUGAAAUAACAUUUUCAAAUAUUUAUGUAUAUGUCAUUACUGCCUAGAACAAUGAUGAACCCAUACUGGGGACUCAAUAAAUGUCUUCAGAGCUAUUGUCAUGGUUUAGGCGGUCUUUCCGGAGCCAGUCUGCCUCAGCCUAAAUCCUGACUUUACCACUGAGCAGUGACCUUUGAUAAGUUAUUUGACUCCUCUACCUGUAUCAAAGUGUUUUGAAAAUUAAAUACGUUAGUAAGCAUCCAAUAACUCUUAGAUAUACCAAAUAAAUGGGCAUACAAAUCUCUGAUGCAGUUUUUAACGAAAUGUUCCUGGAAUGAGUUCCGUAAACUAGCUUAAAUUUUUGCCUGUAUCUUGGGGAAUUUUUAUUACUAUUUUAGACACGAUUUUUUUCUUUUAUUCCAAUAAGCAAGAGAUUUCUAGUUUGAAAAUGUUCUAGUCUUGAUUUCUUAGAAAGUUUAAGUAUGUCAACCGAUUUUACCAUUACAAUAAUUUUUUUUUUUUUUUUUUUUUUGAGACGGAGUCUCGCUCUGUCGCCCAGGCUGGAGUGCAGUGGCGCGAUCUCGGCUCACUGCAAGCUCCGUCUUCCGGGUUCACGCCAUUCUCCUGCCUCAGCCUCCCAAGUAGCUGGGACUACAGGCACCCGCCACCACGCCCAGCUAAUUUUUAUGUAUUUUUAGUAGAGAUGGGGUUUCACCAUGUUAGCCAGGAUGGUCUCGAUCUCCUGACCUCGUAAUCCGCCCUCCUCGGCCUCUCAGAGCGCUGGGAUUACAGGCGUGAGCCACCGCGCCCGGCCCCAUUACAAUAAUUCUUAUCCCUUCAAGAUCUGAUAGACUUUUCCUCUUCCCUCUGAGUCAAAUAUUAAAAUCAUGAGUGAAGUUCGACCAUUCAGGACUUUUUCCAGCCAUUCAAGACAGUGUUCCAACUCUUUUAUCUUUAACAAAAAGUAAAAGAAAAAUAAAUACCUUUUGGGUUAUGAAGAUGGGCAUGGAUUGAAACAAAUGUAAACUAUAGGCAUUUAUAAAUAUAACAAAAUUUUACCAUAAAGUCUUCCUGCUGUAAAGGCUUAUCUUCAAGACCAGGGACAAAGAAGCCCCACUUACUAAAAUUCAUUGCUCAGAAUCCUAAUUAACUACCUGGGAAAGACUUAUGACUCAUCCUCUAAAUAACAGCUGCUUUUUAACACAGUAAAACCUUUAGAGAAGACAGGGUCCUGACACCUUUGAAGAGCGGUGACACCUUACAGAAACUUUCGUUUUUGUUCAGGGAUUAUCUUGAGAAAGGAAGGGAUUCAGAACCUCCUGAGGGGAUUUGCAGUAGAAAUCAUUAUUCAAAGUCAUGAUUGUGGCAUCCAUUGUUUUACAAGAACUUUGAAUUUUUAAGUGGAAAAUGUGAGAUGAGAACCUGAGAUUUGAAUGACAUAAGACAUUGACAAUAUUUCAACUAAAUAACCACAGGAAGUUACUUGGUUGAAAAGCACACAGGCUCUUGCAGGGCAGGAAAACCUGCAAAUUGCGCAGAAGCAGCUGAAAGGGGAAUGGCGGGGGUCGGGGGGAAGUGAGGGUGGAGUGUAGGUGGGGGACGGGAAGCUGGACUUUCUUUUUUCAAUUCAAAGUAUUUUAAUUAUCUGCAGGGCCGUAAAAGAGAAAAAAGUCCUCUCCCCCUACUAUGUCUUUAGAAGACCCACGUGUGAAAAAUUUUAAGUAAUUGCUUUGAAAUCUCGGAUGUAAAGCUUUUCAGGUUUUUAUAGAGUUUCAUAGUAAGUCAGGAAUUCCGUUUGAAAAAACAGAAGGAGGGAGGGACAGAACAAGGAACGUGCAUAGGAUCUGGCCUACUUUUAUUUAAGCGCUGAGAAAAGGCAAUAUAAAUUCUUUUAGCUCAUACUGUUUUAACUUUAAAACGUAUCACCAUGAACCUUUCUCCAAACAUCAGAAAAAAUUUUCCCAAAAGAGCAAACAACAAAAAAAUCAGGCUGGUUUCGCUGACUGCUUCCUGGGCUUAAUAACUAUAGCAUGUCUCCAGAGGUGGGGCCUAGAGCUCCGCCCACUUUUUUGAUGUUUUCAAACAGGUCCGCAUCGAGAGAAUAUAAGCCCUGGUCUGCGCCUAGCAAUCACAGUGGGCGGCCCGAUUUUCUACUGAGUAGGCGCUGUGCUUUCAGAAUGUCUGGGCGAGGUAAAGGUGGCAAGGGGCUGGGUAAGGGAGGCGCUAAGCGCCACCGGAAGGUGCUGCGGGACAACAUCCAAGGCAUUACAAAGCCGGCGAUUCGCCGUCUCGCCCGACGUGGGGGCGUUAAGCGCAUUUCUGGUCUCAUCUACGAGGAGACCCGGGGAGUCCUCAAAGUCUUCCUGGAGAACGUGAUCCGCGACGCGGUGACUUACACGGAGCACGCCAAGCGCAAGACCGUCACGGCCAUGGAUGUGGUGUAUGCGCUGAAACGCCAGGGUCGCACCCUCUAUGGUUUCGGCGGCUGAGCUGUCCCCACAGCUUCUCUACAGACUCCAAAAGGCCCUUUUCAGGGCCCCCAAACUGUUACAGAAAGAGCUGUUAACACUUCCUACAUAACGGGUAAAUAUCAGCCCUUUGAUGCCGCUUUCCGGAUACCGGAAAUGGGACAUUCGCGGCCCGAGCAUCUGCUCGGGAUUAGAGUUGGCGGGCGCGGGGAGAACUAGACCUCAAGGAGGGGAUUCCGCCUGUGCUUAGGUACGACCCUGGAGGUGCCGCGCAGCGCAGUAGUGACCUCCCAAAAUCCAGACUGCCGAUUUUGUUUAGAAGAGUGCUUCUACAAAGCCCUAAUGUUAGAACUGGUCAUGGUGUUCUAAGCGGCGAGUCGUUGGCCCAUAAGCACGUAUCGGAUGGCUUCCAUGUAAAUCAGGGCUUAGGUGACUUCCUGCUGGCCUUCAGGGGUGAGCGUCACGCGUCAGAGGGCGGUUCGUGCGUGUGCAGGGCCUGCUAGGUCGCAGGAAAUGGGAGGUCGCAGCACGCCGCUACCUGCAAGCCCGAAAGCUGAAAGCAGCUCUAGUGUGGCGCGUAGUCUUACUGAAUGCAGCUCUAGUGUGGCGCGUACUAUUUUACUUCAUCGCUGACGUUGAGUGAGAGGUGACCAAGCUCAGAUGCUGAGAUUAAGGCGGCCGGGCGAAACUCGCGACACCCUGCGAUUCCCGCUUAGCCAGCUGCGUAAAGUUGCCUACGCCAAGCGGGUGGCGUCCUGCUCGGCCACCUGGCGGUGGGCGUGGAGUUGACAGGCAGGCAGUGGGGGUCACGCCCGCAUGAAAGGCCAGAUCACCUGCAGGUCGCCAAGUUGCCGGGAAUCCCCCGCUCCGAGCAGUGUCAUGCCCAUCACAAAUAACCCUAUCGCAGCCGGGAGGAAAACAUCCACCCAGUCCAGUCUCCGUGAUCCUUUGAUGUCUUCUGACAGAGCAAGUGAUGGCUCUCUAGUGAGUGACUUUGAUAAAAGCCUGUCUAUUCAAACCCCAGAAGAAACUGAACAUUGGUGGAUGAUGGAUUUGGGUUCCAAAUGGACUAUGAAUGUUGUGUCAGUCACCAACUGAAGAGAAUGUUUUCAUAGACAAAUAAAGACACUUGCGAUUUUAAUUGGGUACUCACUUGCUCAGAGUGGCAAGACAAAUUCCAGGUAAGGGUUGAAAUUUUAAGUGUUAAAAAUAUCAAGUGAACAACUCAUUAAGCUUUCAUAUCAUUUUAUGCCCAUUCAGCAGUAGUUCUUAUUUCCACUUAUAGUUUGGAGAAUUAACUGCAGACAGCUUUCUUAACAUUUGUAUAAUCUAGCUAUAUGGAAAUACACUAUUCUCAAGUGAAUAUUUAAUAUAUUCAUCAAGUUGGUAUUUCAGCUUGCUAAAAUGAAACUCAUUUCUUGCAGGUAAAAUGGGCAUUUAAUAACAUUUACCAGUAAUUUGCUUACAACAAUUAAUUCAGUCAAAAUCACCCAAGCAGUUGAUACAUAUUAUUAUAUACUACGUCUUUUUCUAGAAUUAAAAAAUUAAUGUGUAGUGCCAGCACUAGAUGUAAGUUACGUAUAUCAACUCUAUCCAAUUUUGUCAGCCAUAAAACUUACCUUUUUCACAUACUUCUAACUCUAACAAUGUGAGAAAUGUAGAUCAUUGCAAUUAUACCCACAAGGCAGAUGGCUACAUGCAGAAUGGAUAGCAGAAUCUAGCUGCUUACGCUAGCCACAUGGUAGACGUUUUUUCCUUUGUUUUUGCAAAAUUGCAAUAUAAGUUGCAUAUCGUUGGAGUGAAAGAUGUAAAGAACCCAUAGAAGCAGUGAUGAAGGACAUUUAUAUUUUCAACUUACAAAAGACCUUAAAAUUGCCUAUGUGGAGCAGAACUGAGGAGGGGAAACAUCGUAAAAAUUUUGUUCUAUUUGAUUUGGCACAUAUACUCACAGUACUUUGUUAACUUCUUAAAAAUAUCUAUUUGGAAAAACAGUUUAUAAAUAUGAGAGUAAUGUAAUGAUUACCCAGAAGCCUACAAAAUUUCCUUUUUAUUAUUAUCUGUAAACUGUGUGCAAGGUAUUUUAAUUUCCUGUUGGUCAUUAAUUAUUGCUACAACUGCAUAGUUAAUGUAGUUAAUAUUUCAGUAUUAUCUCUAAUGUUGUCUCACAGGAAACAUAUAACUCAGUCUAUCACCUUCAAUCAAUCCAGAUCACUUGAGAAAGCCAUUGUAUUUGAAAAAAUUACAUAUAUUCAAAAACCAAUGAGAGGCAGAUCCCUGGUAUAUGGUGGAUUUGGGCUUUUCAGAAAAAUUUGCUUCAGUCACCAACCAAAGAAAUUGUUGCCACAAAUAAACAAAUGAAGCUA